AUGCACGCCGGCUGCGCGCUCCCAACACACCGGAAAAUUCAAUGGAAAACGUAUUCCAAAAAACCCUCGGUCCCGGAUCUUCUGCUGGGCCGAGAGGAAGGCAAGGAUGCAGCGAGCGGAGCGGAGAUGCCGAGGCAGAGGCUGCUGCAGUGGGCAGAGAUGGGCUGUAUCUCUGGGUCAGUCAGGCGGAGCGGGGACGUGCAGACGGUACCGGUUCGACCACGCUCAUCUUGGCGCAGCAGCGGUACGCGCAGUCACCGCUAUGUGAACGCAGCGCAGGGGGAUCGCAGUGCGCGUCUGUCCGGCUCCGUGCGCGCUCAUGUGCGCGGGGCUGAAGGCAGGCUGUGA